AUGUGCUCGCUCUCUGAUGAACUUGCGGCGGCGAGCAAACCCAUCGGAGAGCCCGAGCUCAUCUCCUUCAUAAUCGCAGGGCUGGACAUGGAGUACCAACCGAUUGUUUCCGUGUUGGAUGUCCACACGGAACCGAUCACUGUCGAUACACUCUUCUCCAUGGUGGCCAACUUCGACCAGAGAGUCGAGAUGUUCCACGGGAACGGCAACGGUGCCUUCAAAUCAUCUGCGAACAUUGUCUCUCGCGGCUGGCAAGGAGGUAACAAGGGCAACUACCCCAACCAGAAGGGCAACGGUGGUGGAUCCCGUGGUUCUGGUGGCUAUGGCGGCGGCGGCGGCCACAUCGGUGGCUAUGGUGGUAGCAGCGGAGGCCACAACGGUGGCAGCGGCUACUACCAGAACACUCAAGGCGGCGGUGCUCGUAGCGGCGUCUACUAUCACUAG